UAACAUUUAAUCCAACACAACAUUUAGAAUUUUUCUUUUGUUACCACAAAAGCCUAAAAAUUUAUAAUCUCUCACCGAUUUGCUUUGAAAAAUGUGUUAAAUUAUUGCGAUACCCCUCCCAAAUUGAUAGUUAUCUCUAAAAAUCUGUUAAUAUGCUCUAAUUUAAAUAGGAAUGAUUUUGUCUAUGCCACGACAGGACCAUCGAUAGACUCGCCCAUGCAACCCUGGUUGCGGAGGCGGCGUUUUCGCUGUGUCAAAACAACAGCAGCAGCAGUAGAAUUAUCAGCACACAGUAAAAGAGGAAUACGCAGUGAUAACUAGUCCUCCAGAUCCAGCCAGAGUUCCCAGUCCCAAGCAGCGCCGUAAGGAUCAGUAGCAACAUCAGCAGCAGCGGUAGCGGCAGCGGCAGAAGCAAUGAAAAUCACAGUGACCACCAGCGAUGACAAGGUCUUCUGCCUGGACGUGGCCCAAGAUCUGGAGCUGGAGAACCUCAAGGCGCUGUGCGCCAUGGAGAUCGGUGCGGAGGUGUCCCAAAUAGCUGUGCUCUUCAACGGACGCGAGCUGACCAACAACAAGCACUCGCUGCAGCAGUGCGGCGUCGGCGAUGGCGACUUCAUCAUGCUGGAGCGACGCAGGAGCGUCAAUCGGCCAGGCAACACCAAUCCAACAAUGGAUUGGACUGGCUUGGACUUUAGCAAUAUCGCCGUUCCGGGCACAAGCACCGGCGGCAGUCCGCCCACAAGGAGGAGCACCCAGCAGGGAACGCAGCUGCAACAGCAGCAGCAGCAGUUCAGCAGCAAUCCCACAGACAUCCCGUUGACCGACGAGUUCAAUGUCAACUUCGACGACGAUCCGGCGGCAGUGCGACAAAUGUUCCUGUCCAGUCCCGAGACACUGUCGCUGCUGCGUCAGUAUAAUCCGCGUCUGGCGGAGGCCAUCGAUUCCGGCGAUCAGGAAACCUUUGCCCGUCUGCUCCGUGAGCAUAUAUCGGAGCGCAAGCGGCGGAAUGAGCAGCGGAUGCGCAUGCUAAACGCCGAUCCCUUCGACGAGGAGGCUCAGCGUCUAAUUGCCGAGGAGAUCAAGCAGAAGAACAUUCAGGACAACAUGGCGGCAGCCAUUGAGUACAAUCCGGAAAUCUUUGGCACGGUCACCAUGCUUUACAUCAAUUGCAAGGUGAAUGGAAUACCGGUGAAGGCCUUUGUGGACUCGGGCGCCCAGACGACAAUCAUGAGCAAGGACUGUGCCGAACGCUGCCAUGUCAAUCGGUUAGUGGACACGCGCUGGAACGGUGUGGCCAAGGGUGUCGGCACACAGCCCAUUCUGGGAAGGAUUCACAUGGUGCAGCUGCAGAUCGAGAACGAUCACCUCACGUCUAGCUUCACGGUGUUGGGUCAUCAGCCCAUGGACAUGCUGCUGGGUCUGGACAUGCUGAAGCGACAUCAGUGCCUCAUCGAUUUGCAGCGGAAUUUGCUGAUUAUUGGCACCACCGGAACGACAACGCCGUUUCUGCCGGAAAGCGAACUGCCGGUGGGUGCCCGACUCACGGGAAAUUCUGAGGAUUCAUUCGAGCAACAGGCCAUUGCCGAUGCCAUUGAACAGAGUAAGCGAGAGGGCGGUGGCGGUGGCGGCAGCGGCAGCGGGAACGGGAGCAGUACGAGCGGCAGCGGUCCCAACACCAUCCAGCCGCUGGAUCGAUUCACCGAACAGGACGUCACCGAUCUCAUGGCCCUGGGCUAUCCGCGGAGCGAUGUGCUCACCGUACUGCGCAUGUGCGGCGGCAAUAAGCAGGCGGCCAGCUCCGUGCUGCUCAGCCGGAACGCAGCCGCCUCGGGCGGCGGUCUUAGCUGAACGCGGCUCGAUCCUCUGCGUCAGCCUCAGCCACAGCCCCCACCUCAAGCAGCCCCACUCCCCACAGCCAGAAACUGGAUUGCAACAGGACGAAACGAAAUACUCCGAGCAAUACCAAAAAAAAAAAAGAAACAUAAUAUAAAAUAAUACACAAAACAGAGAAAUGAAAGAAACAAAUGGAACACACAUAACAACAACAAACAAGCAAUGAAAACGGAAACGAUUACGAAAACAAACCUUUCUUAUUUAGUGAAAUUUUUGUAAGCUAAAGCCACUUUUUUAUAUUUACAGAUCGUUGUUACGAUGUACAAUAGCUAAUAAUUAGGGUGCAUUUCCACAGCGGAUCAUUUUGAGGAGCAUAUUGAUGAGAGAGAAAAAAGUUAAAAUGGGCGAUUUAAUUGAACAAAAAUCAGGGACCGUUGCAAUUAUUUACACAAUUUAUUCAGCUUUAUUCUUUGUUUUCAUUUACAAAAGUCAAAUAUUUUACUUAUCCCCGAGCUAAUUAUAUUUUAAGUUGAAAACAGCUAUAGAAAAAUUGUAUAUUAAAAGGAAAGUCUAUACAUACAUUGAAAAAAAAAAAAACACUCCUGUUCAAAUCUAACAAUUUAAUUUAAUUAGAAAAAUAUUCUUUCCCCCGAGUUUUAUAAUCACGAAAUCUCAAAUAAUUGUUGGCGGUCCUGCCAAAAAAAAAAAUAUAUAUAUAUAUAUUUAAAUAUAGAGUAAAGACACAAGCAAGGAAUCGAUGCGAGAUAAUCGAUGGAUAACUGGACAUUGGACGGAGCAAGUGGUGAUGGAACCAAGCCGCAUCAACAAAAAGCUGAAGCUGUAUUGCGAGGAAACACAAACGAGAAAGGGAAAGAGUACGCCUGACUAUUAAUAUAUAUAAUAAUAUAUAUAUUAACCAUAUACACAAACACACAUAUAUAUAAACAUUAUAUACAAUUUGAGCUAGUAUUAAGGCAAAAUGUCAAGAAACACUGAAAAUUGGGUUCAAUAAAAGGUCGAGUAUUGUUUUGGAUUUGGAAAUUAAAGAAAA